AUGGAUGAAGCCCCCCUGUGUUUCUCCGUGUUCUCCCGCAACGUUAGAUAUAGCUUCAUCAGUGCCUGUCACACUGUAGCCUUAUUUCUGUCUGUUCCAGCACAGGGGUGCUGCUGUCUGGUGGUACAGAGAAGGAUCCUGCAGGUUUCUGCUUCCCUGGAGCAGCUGCUGACGGAGCUGGAGGACUUCCUCAAGAUCCUGGACCAGGAGAGCCUGAGCAGCACAGCCGUGGAGAGGAAGACUGGUCUGGCCGAGCUCCUCCGCCUGUACAUCAAAAGCAGCAGUUCUGAUGAGGAGUACAUUUACAUGAACAAAGUGACGGUCAACAAGCCACAGAAUACCGAGUCCCAAGACAAAGCGCCGGAGGAGCGGAGACCACUGGCCAACGGGGAGCCCCGCCAGCACGCCACGGCCCCUCAGAAGAGUCUUCCGGACCUCCCGCCCCCCAAGACCAUUCCAGAACGAAAACAGCUCUCCAUCCCAAAGAUCGAGUCUCCAGAGGGUUACUAUGAAGAGGCUGAGCCGUAUGACAUGUCCGUCAAUGGUCAUUCCGGCCGAGCCCCCUCCACCGGAGUCCCCAGAUGGGUGCAGGUGCCCGAAGGAGUCAUUUACGCCACCAUCACCUUGGAGGAUGGAGAGGCCGUGAGCAGCUCCUACGAGUCCUACGACGAGGAUGAAGGCGGCAAGGGCAAGUCGGCCCCCUACCAAUGGCCCUCGCCCGAGGCCAGCAUCGAGCUGAUGCGCGACGCCCGCAUCUGCGCCUUCCUGUGGCGCAAGAAGUGGCUGGGGCAGUGGGCCAAGCAGCUGUGCGUCAUCAGGGACACCCGGCUCCUGUGUUACAAAUCCUCCAAGGACCACAGCCCUCAGCUGGACGUGAACUUGCUGGGCAGCAGCGUCGUCCACAAGGAGAAGCAAGUGCGGAAGAAGGAGCACAAGCUGAAGAUCACGCCGAUGAACGCCGACGUCAUCGUCCUGGGCCUGCAGAGCAAGGACCAGGCGGAGCAGUGGCUCAGGGUCAUCCAGGAGGUGAGCGGCCUGCCUGCAGACGGUGCGGCCGAGGGAAACCAGUACUCCCCGGAGGCCCAGCGCCUGAGCUGUCAGAAGGCAGAUAUAUCCGAGAAGUACCUCUCCGCCUCGGAGUAUGGGAGCUCUGUAGAUGGCCACCCUGAGGUCACCGAGACCAAAGAUGUGAAGAAGAAGUGCUCUGCGGGCCUCAAACUGAGCAACCUGAUGAACCUGGGCAGGAAGAAGUCCACGUCGCUGGAGCCGGCAGAGAGGACCCUGGAGACCGCCUGUUACCUGAACGUGCUGGUGAACAGCCAGUGGAAGUCACGCUGGUGCUCCGUCAGGGACAGCCACCUGCACUUCUACCAGGACCGGAACCGCAGCAAGGUGGCCCAGCAGCCCCUGAGCCUGGUGGGCUGUGAGGUGGUCCCGGACCCGAGCCCGGACCACCUGUACUCCUUCCGCAUCCUCCACAACGGCGAGGAGCUGGCCAAGCUCGAGGCCAAGUCUUCCGAGGAAAUGGGCCACUGGCUCGGCCUCCUGCUCUCCGAGUCGGGCUCCAAGACAGACCCAGAGGAGUUCACCUACGACUACGUGGAUGCAGACAGGGUCUCCUGUAUUGUGAGUGCGGCCAAGAACUCCCUGCUAUUGAUGCAGAGGAAGUUCUCAGAGCCCAACACUUACAUCGACGGCCUGCCCAGCCAGGAUCGCCCGGAGCUGCUGUAUGACGACGUGGAGAUGUCCGAGCUGACUGCCGCGCAGGUGGACCCCGAGGAAGCCGCCCCGGCCACAGAUGCUCCGAGCGAGCUCGACCCUGACCGCAUGUACCUGGACCUCACGCCGGUCAAGUCCUUCCUGCACAGUCAGGGCGGCACCCAGGCCCGAGGCUGCUCCCCCACACCGCCCUGCCCGGACCCUCCAGCAGAGGCCCUCCCUGCAGACCCGGGCCCCGCCCCACCUGAGCCCCCCGUCGUUACAUCUGCAGAGACCCCCGAGUUGCAGCAGGUGCAGCAGGAGAGUCCGGAGCCGGAGGAGCUGUCCCCCAGAAUCUCGACGGUCAAAAUCCAGACUGAACAGCAAAAACUCUCCUUCUCAUCGAGCUGCCCCGACGCAGUGGCCGUCACCCCAGCCGGGGCCAGCACGCCUGCGAAGGACAGGCUCAGGGUGACCUCUGCAGAGAUCAAACUUGGCAAGAACAGGACGGAAGCUGAGGUGAAGCGGUACACGGAGGAGAAGGAGAGGCUGGAGAAGAAGAAGGAAGAAAUCCGGGGGCACCUGGCUCAGCUCCGGAAGGAGAAACGGGAGCUGAGGGAGACCCUGUCGAAAUGCACAGCCGGCCUCAUUCCCAUUCCAGACAAGGGGGCGCUGGCCAGCCUGGAGCAGCAGCUGAAGGAGAUCGACGAGGAGUGCAGGGUGGAGGAGAGGAGGCGCGUGGACCUCGAGCUCAGCAUCGUGGAGGUGAAGGACAACCUGAAGAAGGCCGAGGCCGGGCCCGUGACGCUGGGCACCACCGUGGACACCUCCCACCUGGAGACCGUGAGCCCCCGACCCAAAGCCGCUGCCCCCACCCCUGCCCCAGAUUGUACCCCCGUCAACUCUGCCACGGCACUCAAGAACAGACCUCUUUCCGUCAUGGUCACAGGCAAAGGCACCGUCCUCCAGAAAGCCAAGGUAUUUGAAUGGCGCCCUAGGAAUGGGAGAAGAAAGGGACCAGUUAGGACACGAGCGUCACGGCAAGCCUCUCCUGCCCACACGGACUUUGGCGACAACCCCGCUUCGUCCAGGCCUUCCUUCAAGCAGCGCCUCUGUGAGCGGGUGAGUCUGUUUAACAGGAAAAACAAGGACGGGGGACCGCGCACGGAGAGCUCCGGCUGAUGGGAGGCGCGGGCCCUUUGCAGAGAAGGAACUAGCAGGACCAGAGAGACAGCUGUGACUUCAGCCAGCGCUGAGGCCAUCGGUGACGCGGUAACGGAGCAGGAAAGACUUGGGACCACGCGGAGGCACUGUCCCCACUCAGUUAAGGACUUUUUUUUAAAGUGACGCUGUAUUAUAUUUUUAAAAGUAUGUUUGAAAUCCUGUAAUUUAGAACAGUGAAGUGUCUUUUGAGAUUUAACUGACUUUUGACAUUACCGUAGAAAAAAAGAGAUUAGUACUUUGUGUUUACAGAGUCCGUCCUGUGGCCAUUCUUAAGAGUGAUUUAAUAUAAUGCUCUCGUGGUCCCGGUUUUUUAAAAUUGUGCUUAAUGUCCGGGCACCUUCCAAGAAAAUAAAAGGGGUGAGUUUGGGGUGGGCCCCCGUCUUUUCCUCCGAUGGCAUUGUUUGCUAACGCAGGUUGAAACAUUUCAUCCGUCAUGUCCGCCUCACUUCUGGGGUUCUCAGAACUAAAGUUCUUUCUAACCCCAGGGCAUUUAUUUCCUUUGUCAUAAACACUUGGUGGCCCUUUGCCAAGUGGUGAGUUAGAUUUUUCUAAAAAAAUAAAAUGUUAAUUGUAUU